AUGAUUUUUAUACAAGUGGCCAACUCGGGCAGCUCGGUAUCGUUCAACUGCUCCGUCCAAGGCGGCGACGCGCGCGUGCGCUGGCUGCACGACGGCGUGCCCGUGGCGGGCGGCGAGCGCGUGCUGCGCGUGCACGGCGUGGUGCGCGCGCACCGCGGCAUGUACCAGUGCUUCGCCGAGCGCGACCUCGACAGCGCGCAGGCCGCCGCCGAGCUGAGGCUGGGAGAUACAGCGCCAGAGCUGCACUACACGUUCAUAGAGCAAGCACUGCACCCGGGACCAGCGCUGGCGAUGCACUGCGCCGCGUCCGGGUCUCCCCCUCCCAGGUUCACGUGGCUACUGGACGGCCAGCCGGUUGAGGAGCACAACACUCCCCAAAGAAGCGUGAGCCAGUUCAUGAACUCCAACGGCGACGUGGUGAGCUACCUGAACAUCACGUCGGUGCGGCCCGAGGACGGCGGCCGCUACUCCUGCCGCGCGCACAACUCGCGCGGUUCCGUCGAACACUCGACCAGGCUCAAUGUCUAUGGUCCACCGUCUAUCAGAAACGUGGGGCCGAUUCGAGUGGUGGCUGGCGUCAACACGACCAUCCACUGCCCAUACUCUGGAUUUCCAAUCAGGUUGAUGGAGCGAGAUCCGUUGGCAGCGAGGGGGUCUGGAGCUGGGCUCGCCGGGCGGGCGCGCGCUGUCGGGGCUGGGCGGCGAGCUGCUGCUGUGGCCGGCCGAGCCGGGCGACGCCGGGCUCUACUCGUGCCGCGUGGCCGCGCCCUCCGGCCAGUACGCACAGAAGGAUAUACAGAUCUUUGUCCGAAGUGA